AUGGCGACGAUGGACCUCACCAACGAGGUGGUCAGGCUUCGCGCCGAGCUGGAGAAGGUGUCGGCGGAGAGGGACAUGCUCCUAUGCGAGGUGUCCAACUUGCGGCGUGAACUAGAGCUGAGCGAGUUGAAGCAAAUGGGCGAUGACAGGCUGACGUCACGUAGUCCCCCAUCAGCACAACCCACGCUCUCCCGCGUC